AUGGAAGGGAAAGACGUGACAUUUCAAUUAAACGAAACAAAAGAUAUAACAUGCUAUUCACCAGUUAUGGUAACAACAAAUGGGAUAUGGCAAAGUGAUAACCCUUUUAACUAUGCUCUCCCCGUCUUCAUCCUCCAAAUAAUUUUAGUUGUGACUGUCACCCGUUUAUUCGUCUUCAUACUCAAGCCUGUUCGUCAGCCACGUGUCAUUGCUGAAAUCAUGGGAGGCAUAGUGUUGGGUCCUUCGGUUCUUGGACGAAACAAAGCAUUUUCUGAAGCAGUGUUUCCUCUAAGAAGUGUGAUCAUAACAGAAGCAAUGGCAAAUAUUGGUCUUCUUUUGUUUACCUUCUUGGUGGGAGUGGGAAUGGACACUUCUUCAUUAAAACGCAUUGGUAGAAAAGCAGUGACAAUAGCAUUUGCUGGUAUGGUCUUGCCUUUUGCAAUUGGAGGUGUCUUCUCUUUCUUUUUCAUCAAACUCACUGAUAAUGACAAGAACAAAGGUGCUUACAUCAUAUUCCUUGGUGUUGUUCUCUCUAUCACUGCAUUUCCUGUUCUUGCUAGAAUCCUUGCAGAGCUCAAACUCGUCAACACAGAGAUUGGACGAGUUGCUCUUUCAUCUGCAAUCAUUAAUGACAUGUUUUCUUGGGUGCUCUUGGCUAUAUCCAUUACUAUGAUAGAGCAUGAAAAACCUUCUUUGACUUCCUUGAUGAUUUUAUUGUCAAGUGCAGCAUUUGUGGCUUUUAAUAUUUUUGCUGUGAGGCCUAUGAUCUUAUGGAUAAUAAGGAACACCCCAGAAGGUGAAACAUUCAGUGAUUUCCAUAUUUGUAUGAUAUUAGCUGGUGUCAUGAUCUCAGGUUUCAUCACUGAUGCUAUUGGAACCCAUUCAAUUUUGGGAGCUUUUAUAUUUGGUUUGACAAUCCCAAAUGGGCCACUUGGACUUGCACUUGCUGAAAGGCUUGAAGACUUUAGUUCAGGACUUCUGCUCCCUCUAUUUUUUGCAAAUAGUGGGCUAAAGACUGAUUUAAGACUCAUCAAAGGGAUCAAUGCAUGGGUAAUUUUGAUCUUGCUUGUUGUUCUAUCUUGCGUUGGCAAAGUCGUUGGAACUUUAGCCGUUGCAGUCACUUAUCAAAUGUCAAUUAGUGAAGGAGCAGUCCUUGGCUUGCUCAUGAACACAAAAGGCCUUGUUGAAGUUAUCGUCCUUAACAUUGGCAAGGACCAGAAGGUUUUGACAGAAGAAUCAUUUGCAUCCAUGAUGAUUAUAACAGUACUAAUGACCGGAAUAAUUGUACCUGGGAUAUCAUUUAUAUAUAAACCAUCAAAGGGGCUCAUAUCAUACAAAAGAAGAACGAUUCAGAUGUCAAAAACAGAUGCAGAGUUUAGAAUUCUUGGGUGUAUCCAUACCCCUAGAAAUGUGCCAACAAUAAUUAACCUCCUUGAAGCCUCAAAUCCGACAAAGAAGUCCCCGAUAUGCAUUUAUGUGGUCCACUUGGUGGAACUUACUGGUCGAACAUCUGCAAUGCUCGUUGUUCAUAACCCUACAAAAUCAGACCACAACGGCUUUAAUAGAACUCAAGCUCAAACAAACCAUAUAAUCAACGCCUUUGAAAACUAUGAGCAACAUGCUGAUUACAUCUCUAUCCAGCCCUUGACUGCAGUGUCCCCUUAUUCCACAAUGCAUGAGGACAUAUGCAACUUGGCUCGAGACAAGCUUGUUGCCUUAAUAAUCAUUCCUUUUCAUAAACAACAAACAGUUGAUGGUGCAAUGGAAGCUACAAACACUGCAUUUCGCAAUGUAAACCAAAAUGUACUAAACUAUGCACCUUGCUCAGUUGGGAUUCUAGUAGAUAGAGGCUUAAAUGGCUCUAACCAUUUGGCUUCAGAUCAAUUGUCUCAUCAUGUAGCUGUGUUGUUUUUUGGAGGACCUGAUGACAGAGAAGCAUUGAGCUAUGGAUGGAGGAUGUCAGAACAUCCAGGGAUAAACCUCACUGUGAUGCGUUUUGUUUCAGGGGAAGAAGUGACGCAUCAUAGUGUCCACCCAAAUGAACCAAAGGAAUUGAGAGUGGAAACAGAUAAGGAUAUAGAGAAGCAAAUUGAUGAAAAGCUUAUACAUUGGUUUAGAAUGAGUCAUGUAGAUGAUGAUUCAGUUACUUUUGUUGAGAAGAUUGUUAACAAUGGGGAGCAAACAGUGGCAGCAAUAAGGUCAAUGGAUGAUGUUCACGACCUUUUCAUAGUUGGUAGAGGCCAAGGAAUGAUAUCACCACUCACUGCAGGACUUACUGAUUGGAGUGAAUGUCCAGAGUUAGGAGCAAUUGGGGAUUUUUUAGCUUCAUCAGAUUUUGCAGCCACUGCUUCAGUGUUGGUAGUGCAACAAUAUGUUGGCGCAGAAUUAGAAGAAGAUGGAUUUGUAACAACACCAAACAAUGCAAUGGCUACAAAUGAAGAAUAUGUCAGUCAGAUUAACCAUCAUUCAGCAACAAGAAUGGGACAUAAUCUGUGCAAUACAGAACACUUGAGUUCUCAGUGA